AUGGUGCUAUUCAAGAGAAAACCUAUUCGGUACCUACCACAUCCCCGCAUAGACGACCAAGAAUGCGAUGUAUGGGUCAUAUCCGAGUCCAAUGAAGUCUUCACGUCUUAUGAUGCAUAUCUGGAGCGCAUGGACUUUUUCAAGUCCAAACGGUUCACCUGCGAAGUAUCAGGACAUUCCGGUCUGACAUUCUUCGACGCCCUGCGAAGUGAACAAGCCGGAUCGCGAGAAAUCGAUGAAGCCUUCCCUCAGGCCUUGCGCGAGCCUGUUUUGCGACGAGUCCAAUUUUCCACCACCUCCCGCAUAGACAACCUUGUGGAGGAAGUCUACAGUGAAUUCAAGAAUGACUUCUACCCCGGUGAAUUGGUAACCGUCAUCUUGGACGACUCGUCAAGGUUGGCCGGCCGAGUAAGAGACAAGGCAAAGUUUGAGGAAAUCAGAGCCCCAGAUGGAACUUUGGUCCGAGAUGGUUUCUCACGUUACUUUGUCCGCCUCGUGGAUAGUCCCGAUGAAGAGGCUCUUGUCGACGACGAUCACAUCGUCCGGGACCGGAGAGUCUUCACAAAACAAAUGGUCCGUUCAUUUAUCAAAAACUCCGUGACCCGAGAGGGCUGGAAUGGUGCUCCUUGGCUGGUCAAACCAGAAAUUGCUGAACGAUUCCGGAUCGACACAAAUGUUCCUCCACACCUCCAAUACAGCCACAAAGCUGCAGCGAAGAAGGCGGAGAAGAAGAAGAACAACAACAGCAACAACAAUAACGGCAAUAACGACGAUGCUGAGCACCAAGACGGAAUGUUUGGGAUCUGGCAGCCACAAAGACUACCCGAGUUGAAGCCAGCCCCCAAGGGACGGAAAAAUCAGCAGCAGAUCCCCCAGGAACAGAUGAACGCUGCCGCACGAGGAUACUACGAAGACUACCGGGCCGGCGUCAUACCUGAGCCUGGAUUGUUACCUCGAUCAUGGGGUCAUAUGCAACCACCACCUCCGCCAGAGUUUGAGCCCUACUACCUGCCUUAUCCGCCUCAAUACAUGCCACCCAACGGCCACUACUAUCCUCCACCUCCCCAACAGCUGGUUCCCAAGCAGAUAGAACAACCUCCACCGCCACCACCCCCGAUCAAAUAUCCAAUUGAUGACCUCGAUGUCGAACCUGUUCGAGAUGGAACUCAUAGACCCAACUUGAAAUUCGUCACUAAGGAGCAAUGCAUCGACGAAAAGUCGAUGAACAGCGUCAUCCCCGGUCUCAAAGAGGAAACCGUCGGUCUUCUCCUUGAAACCUGGAAUACGCUCAACGUGUAUUGUCAAGUUCUCAAACUGGACUCCUUCACGUUUGAUGAUUUGGUAGAAGCCAUGCUGUUCUCCUCGGUGGAAGUGGAUUGUGAGCUAUUCGUUGAGGUGCAUUGUGCGAUUCUCAAGCAGCUGGUCAACGCGGAAAAUGAGGAUGACGGAGCGAUUCAAAUCUCACUCCCCGAUCUACCCGAUCCAGACGAGGAUGAAGGGGAAUCGGAGGAAGAGGAAGAAGCCAAGCUUCCCACACCGACUCCGGAGCCCGAAUACCCAGCCAAGCGCACGCGAAGCAGCCUCAAUAAGGUUCAGUUCGUGGAUGACAAGCCUGACACUCCCGAGAGAGAGGAGGUCGUCCUUCACCGGGCUGCCGAAAUGUUCGACGAUUAUGGUUGGAUUGAAAGACUUCGGAAACGAGAUUUCCGACACGGUGGGUGGGAGCUUGUCAUGGUUGGCUUGCUUCAUCAACUGGCUGGAAGACCGCGAAUUAGCAAUGUGUGCAAUAAAAUCCUGGCCCAUCUUGCUCCUCUAGACGCCGAUCCGACUAUGGACACGGCCCGCAUCCAAUACUCCACCAUGGAUAUCAACUUGCGUGCAGAGGCAUUACAGAUCAUUUGCUUACUCUUCCUUGAAACCAAAACCGUCAAGAUCUUCUUGGAAGAAAUGAGCAACACAAUGACCCAUUACCGAAAAAUCAAGAUUGAGCAUCAACGAGCCCGGAAGGAUGCUUUGGCGAAACUGAAGGAGCUCCAGGUCCAGCGAAGAUUGCUAGCGCCCGAGCCGGAAAAAUCCCCUUCACCGAUGCCUGAGUUGGAGGAAGCCGUCGAAGCUGAGAAGGGCGAAGAUGGUGAAGUCUCUAUCCCGGACUCCGAGGAUGAAGAGCCAAUGGUCACGCGUUCCCUCCGGCGCGGGAGUGACCGUGCUGCCGAACGGAAGAGAAAGCGCGAAGAGGAACAAGAGCGGAAGGAAAAGGCAGCGGAAGCAAAGCAGAACAAAGGAAGUAAGGAAUACCAGAAAGUUCUGAAGCAGAUCGAAAAGGAGCGGGACCGAAUUGAGACGGCAGAAGAGCAGAUCCUCAUUGUCGAUGGGGACUUACGUGAAGCCGAUUGUCCUCGAACACGGGUUUUGGGGAAAGACCGUUUUUGCAACAGAUAUUGGUGGUUCGAACGAAAUGCCAUGCCACAUGGAGGACUACCGGACAGUUCGACCGCAGAAGCAGAGUAUGCCAAUGGUCGACUUUGGGUUCAAGGGCCCGAUGAUAUGGAACGCCAAGGGUUCAUUGAAAUGUGCGAGGCAGACCAAAACGCCUACUACCGGCGGUUCCAAAUGACUCCAGCGGAGCGCAAGAAGAUGGAAGAGGGUCCCACCAAUCUCAAUUCGGCCAAACAAUGGGGUUUCUACGAUACCGCCGAAGAGCUGGACAUGUUAAUUGGCUGGCUGGAUUCCCGAGGCGUUCGCGAGCUGAAACUGAAGAAAGAGCUCAAUAUGCAAAGAGACCUGAUCAUCAAGCAUAUGGAAAAGAGGGCGGCAUAUCUUGCUCCCCGCGAGAAAUCCGAAGAGCCGCCGACCCGAAUGUCCACGAGAACCAAAACUUACGUCAGUGACAAGACGCAUCGAUGUCUACGAUGGAAGAACACAACGGCGGUUGCAGAAUUAGGACAUCGCCACAUUGAUCCACCUCCCAAACCACGAGGACGAGGAAGAAAGAAUGCUGGUUAUGAGGAGCCUCCACUGAUCAGAAAUGUACCAGCACCUCCACCUAUUCUGAAUCGUCAAGGGAAACCUGUCACGAGACAAGGUACGAGAUACAAUUUCUAA